AUGCUGCGUCAACAGUAUAUGUCAAUAGUGACUCGAGCGCUGCCUGGACUCCAGUCAUCCCGCCCGCGUGGUGCACCUCUGUCCCCGCUCCGUCUCCUCCAUCAUGAUCAAGCCGUGCGGACGCUGUUUUGUCGUGGUCUUUUGUUGCAGGAUUCAGCGUCCAGAACUGCUGGACAAGAAAGUGUCUCUAAUGACAUAUCUGCACCCAUGUCCAGCUCACCUCCUCCAUCCAUUUCUGACCAGCGAGAAACAGUCGUGGCCCGUCUCAAGACGCAAUGCAAUGCGCUGUACGAAGACAACGAGGCGUUCGUGGCACCUGCGCACGCGCUUUCCCGCUGGUUUCAAGCCGUGGCCGCGCUCCAGAGCCAGUCCAAGUCGCUCGAAGUGGAUCAGGAGGUUGAACGCGCCUACGAAAGCGCUGUAGCCAUCGCCUCGAAGCAGCGACAAGUGGAAUUGGCGUCUCAAUUGACGCAGCAGAUGCAGCAACUGGGAUACCGACCGACCGAGCGGACGCACGAGAUGCUUGUUCGAAACGUGGCGCUAAAGCUGCGGCGUGGACCUCAUGAGACGUCCGUUGGUGACUUGCGGGAACUACUGAAGGACGUACGGGACGAUAUGUGGGAGCGCGAGAUCAUGAGCAUUGUCGAGCGAGAAGCGCGGCCGUUGCAGCUCAAGACCGAGCGAGAGUUUGCGCUCUUUCAUGAGCGACUGAUUCGAGGCGUGGAAGCGCAGCUGAACGAGUACGAGCGAACGGCUGAACGUGAUGGAGAUCAGAAGACGGGCGGCAAGGGACAGGUGUUGAGUUCAGGGCCGUACAAUGAAGCGCUGCGUGUAUACGCAGACAAUGGCGUCAAGUUUAAUCGCAUGUUGCAGCUCAUGGUGGCACGGAGUAUUGCAGUGGAUAUCGAGACGUACGGCGCACUGCUACUAGGUGCACGUUGGAACGAGAUUCCAGCGACGUUGAGUCAAUUGCUGCAGUCGAAGCUGGUUGAAGAGCUCACUGUGUCGACUAGUGCUUCGGCUAGUGAAUACGUGCGCGUGCUUUGGGUGAACGCCAUGAAGGCCAUCGUGUACUCGAGCACAGAGCGCUUCAAUUCUUUGUCGGCCAGUGUGUACAAACGAGACAUCGACCACUUGCGGAAGGUGUUCAUGUUUGUCGAUAAGCAGCUUUCGAACGCGUUUGCCGCGGUCCAAUUCGUGACAACGAUGCAGUAUGACGAAGUCUAUACGAUGCGUGCUAAGGCUGCCGCUGCGUGCGGGCUCAUAGCACCUGUAAAGCGGAUUCUCGACGAGUACGUUCAGCACGCACCCUUUGGUGAAGAUGGCAAGAAGCGUGUGUUAUCGAAAGAACCAUUCUUGAUGGCGCUGGAGAUCUUUCCGUGGUCUCUGAUGGAAGUUCUGAUGUUAUCGCGUCAAGACGCUUUGGCCCGUGCAGAAAGUCACGAUGUGUCCACGUCCCCGCGUGUGUUGGAAAUGCGACACAUGUAUGAGCGCGUCAUGCACAAGCUGGACACAGCUCGUAAGACUAUCGACAAAAUUGAACAACAAAUUAACGCAAACGACGCCAAGUUGAGUGACGAUGAGCUGCGUAGGUUGCUGGGUUGGCAGAAUCUGGCAAAUGAGACUGUGGGACGGGAAUCUCAAAGAGCCACGACUCUCGAGCGACGACUUGACAAUGCACGUGUUCUCAAAGCAAACCAACUGCUGAUCAAAGAACACUUGGAGCGUGCCGAUAGGACGGUGGCUUUUGUGCUGGAUAAACUGCUGGAGGCAGGUUUCAAUGCGGAAACUGAUUUAGAUGUGAGCAUCAAGCUCAUGGAACAGUUCAUGAACUCUGCUCGACGCUUGGACAAGCGUCUUGCCCAGCGACAGAAGCACGUGAGCCCUCAUAUGAUGCGUCGUGUCUUUAGUCAGGUCAAUUUGGUCUCCAGUGCUGUGCGAUCUGGCGGAUUGGAUGUGCAGGAUGCGGAGACUCGUGAGAAAUUGGUCAAGUUUUUCGAGUAUGCUGUGUGUACUGCCGUUCGGUUCUGGUGCGAAGAGGAGACAGAAGCUCUCGUGCGCCAGCAGCAACGAUUGCUCGGCACAAGUCAGCUAGCACCUCGUGAGUACGACCAGCUCAUCUUUCAAAGCGUGACAAAUCUGGAUGUGCGCAGGGCUCACUCAUUAUUGCAAGAAAUGCACAAUGCGGGCAUGAAGCCGUCGAGCGAAGCGAUCCAUCGCAUUGCACUUGGGCUACUGCAUCGACGCAAUGUAUCGUCGACUGACGAAUUCGACAUGUCAGGCACCGAAGAAGAUGGCGAAGACGACACAGGGAUGCAGGACGAAGCUAAUGAAAAUUGCGCAGACGAAGCCGACGCCGUGAUCCAGGAGAACGUUGAUGAGGAAAUUUGUGGCGAAGACAUUGCUGCAACAACAGAGACGGUGCUGCACUCGGAGCUUUCGGAUUUACUAAACGUCUCAGAUCGGGACGCUAUCGAGAAUGAACUUGAGCCCCGCGAAGGUUUGAAGUUGGAUGGAGACGAUGCGGACAACCUUAGUGCUGAAAGCGCUGCUACAGCAAGGACGCUGUUGCUGGGCUCGGAUGCGCCUGUAACCAUUGAGGAUCUCGUUGGCUUUCUACAGGACUGGUAUAACUUGUACGGGGUGAAGCCUUUCGGCAAGACAGUGGUUCCUGUAAUGGCUCAAUUGUUGGACGCCAGCAAGUUUUCAGAGUUUCGCCGAUUGUUGCAGAUUUUAGAAUCCAUGGACGGAGGAUUUACUCCAGCUACGGAGCUCUGGCUCGAAAAGCGUCUCAGCCAGCUAGGCGGCAAGACGCUGGAUGACUUUCGACUGAAAAACAAGUGA